AUGGCGGAGUCUACGGAGCAGCGCGAGCUGCAGCUCGUGGAAAGCGUCGAGUUUAAAAUCCUCGCAGUCGCCAACAAAGAGCUGAAGCUCCACGAACUGCUCCAGCGAUAUCUACCGCCCGUCAUACUCAAGGCAACAAGUGAGCAUGAUACAGUCAGAGCCAGAGUCAUACAGAUCCUAGGGCGCCUCAAGACAUUCAUUCAGCCUCCUCAGAUUAUCUUGCCGGUGAAAGCACUUGUGCAACAAUACAAGUCGCAGGAUUCGCUGGUCGUCAAGCACCUGGAUUUGUCUUUCAUCGAGCACAGCAUCGAGCGUCUAGAUGACUAUGAGCGGCGUGAAAUACUGCCUGUAGCGCUGCCCGGGAUCUCACAAGACAUCGAUACCCCGCGUGCUGGGCCGUUCUUCCUCAUAGUACUACGUCUCCUCCUCGACGCACAAAUACCUCCCCGCGGAAGCAAGGACGAUGAGGCGUUUCGCCAAAACGUCGGGCUCGACGACCCUAAAGAUGCUCAUCAUGUCGCCCAUAUGAUUGGGCUUUUUAUCCGCCUAAGAACCCCAACAGCUUCUCAGGAUUGGACACAGGCGAACCCUAACUGGGAGGCACGCAUCCUCGAUCUUUUUGCCGUGCAAAAUUGGUCUUCACUCAAAAUCUACCAGAGGCUGUCAGAGCUCAAAGCUAAGCUCGUGGCACUUUUGGCUAGUGGCGCAUUCACAGAUGAGGAGAAGUUCUUCCCGGCGUUGUUGGCAGCUUCGAGCUUCGAUAACCGUGUUGCAUCCGCAGCGGAGGAAAUCAUCAAACGAACUUCUGUCUCAUUGGAAGAUGAAGCCUUGGUGACCAAACUUUUUGAAGCCCACGCCACACUCCCAGCAGCGUAUCGAACUCGAAUCUUGAACAUGCUGGCAAAGUCAUCGAUCUCUACGACCAUGUCUAACAGCAUACUGGAUGUCGUGAACCUUGAUUUCAUGUCAGACGAUGCUGCUGGUGCGCAGGUAGCCCUUCAGCCUUCCAGUGCACUUGAAAAAACCAAGCUGCAUAAGGCUCUUUUCCAGUACUUGACAUGGGUGGCUCGGAUGGGACCGUCAAAAGAUGACUUCACCAUUGCGCCCCAACUCAUACACAAAAUGACUGCCUACGUCAACAGUCAGGGAUGGCCAUCACCCGACAAUAUUAGCCACGACCAGGUCCAGCUGCGGUCUAGGGCUUACGAGACUAUUGGCAUGCUUUCUCGUAGUGCCGACAUGCCUGUGCAAGAACGAUUGCAACUUGCACAAUGGCUAUUUGAUUCACUGUUAAAGGAUCCUACACAAGAAGCUGUUGUCAAUAUUGACGGUGCUCUCUCGACCUUGACCGCGAACGUGCCGCCUGAAGUUGGCGACAAGAGCGAGUACUUGCAGACCAUGCUGCUAUCUUAUAUGCUGUGGGACGAAGACUAUCCCAUGGACGCCAAGUAUUUCCCAGGGUACAUGAGCAAACAGGGUCCCCCCAUCGUACGAAGCACGCGUCACGCCGUGGUCAAAUGGGCCAACCAAUGUUUAUCAUUCUCCAGCGUGCUAGGUCGGUGGAUAGAUAUUCUCGCGAUUGGCAUGGGUUCGGCACAGGGUCAGGGGAACAAGAAUGACGUUGUCGAGCAGGGCCACAAAGGCCUCGAUCCCUGGACUUACCGUGUCCACAACGAUGCAACACCUGAUCUGCCUGACUGGGAAGAAAUGGUUGUCAUGUACUUUGGGACGCGCAUCACGCCCGCAAGCUUCAGCCAACCCGGGUCUUUGGAAGAGGUCAAUGACACUCCAGAGUCACUGCAUCGCAACUUUAACGGGCCGUACCUCACUGCCGUGCCGGUCGCCUUGCAAUACAUCAAGCGCAUGAUGUUCUUGUCCGCUUUGGGGUCCGAUUUUCAACUCGAACCGAAUUGGAUGGAAAAACUCGACUCCCAGGUUGAGACAAGUGUGUCUGUUCGCGAGAAGAUCAGAAAGUACCUAAAGGACCCCGACAUUGAUAACGGAUAUUGGCUCUUGUACCUGAAUGCUUGUCUGUCGGGCGCCCUGGAAAAAGACAGCCAGAUUGUGGAACCAUGCUUGCGCUGUUUCAUUGAUGUGGCCUCUCUGGCUUCUGGCGGCGGCCUGGGCUACCUCGCGAACAAGGCAGAGGACCUACUAUCCCUUGUCACUUCGAACAGAAAGGAGGUCAGGCACUUGGCCGCGCAAGCUUUCGGCAUACUAGCUUCACACCCAAUCAACGACGAGAGACUUGUGAAAGAUUGGAGGUCCAGGUUGCAACAAAGCUUCACUGGCGCAGAAAAGGCCGUUGGCUCGGAUGUGAAUGCAGCGGAAGGUGCUCUUAUGGCGUUUGGGUUUCUCUGUUCACGUUCAGUGUACUAUGACCGUCCACGCGCACAUGAGAUUACCUAUCCCACAAAUUUUCUUCUCAGUGAGACAGGCCCAAGCUCGCUACACGAAGCUGCGUUGGAAAUGUUUCCUCAACUAUGGGCUGCCGGGCUGGCUCUGCCGCCUAAUGAGGGUGAUGCAGAUAUCAGCAAGGUAAUUAGUAGGCUCACAGCUCAGGCGAAGAAAGGCAACGAAAAGGCCAUAUUCGCUCUUGGCAGGUUGGCUAUCAGCCUAGAAGACAACGAUCAACCCGCCAGAGACGGCAACCCCCUCGCCGAAGGCAAACUUGGAUCCAUUUUCAAAGAAUUGUUCGCCCUCCACGAGCUCAAGCGCACCGAGGUUCAGUUCUCCGUUGGCGAUGCAAUCUGCGCAGCGGUUGCUCGUUGGGAUUCGAACAGUGUCAAGCUGGGCCUCGACGUUGAGGCCCGAAACGAGGACUUUCAGUCAGGCAUUCGCACGGACAUGGCGAAAGCAGUAUUAGACAAGCUCUUCACUGACUGCAAAACUACCAAGCCUUCCUUAUUGAAAGCAUCCGGUAUCUGGUUAUUCUGCAUCGUGCAGUACUGUUCUGAUCUGCCUGAGAUCCAGUCGCGGCUGCGAGAAGCGCAAACCGCCUUCAUGCGUCUGCUCAGCGCCCGGGAUGAGCUUGUCCAGGAAACGGCUUCGCGUGGACUUUCGCUUGUGUAUGAGCGUGGAGAUGCCGAUCUCAAGAGUACACUGACCAAGGACCUCGUGUCAGCGUUCACAGGCAGCGGAACGCAGCUCAAGGUUGAGGAGGAAACGGAACUGUUCGAGGCUGGAGCCCUGCCAACGGGAGAGGGCAAGUCUAUCACGUCGUAUAAGGACAUCGUCAACCUGGCCAACGAGGUGGGCGAUCAGCGGUUGGUGUACAAGUUCAUGUCUCUGGCUGCUAAUGCGGCAACAUGGACGACACGUUCGGCUUUUGGUCGCUUCGGAUUGUCCAAUAUCUUGUCCGAGUCAGAAGUCGACCCCAAAUUGUAUUCGAAGCUGUAUCGAUACCGCUUUGACCCGAAUCCCAACGUGCAGCGAUCCAUGGACGACAUUUGGAAGGCUCUUGUCAAGGACUCUGGGUCUGCGCUAGAUGAUCACUUUGAUGCGAUACUCCAGGACUUGUUGCAAAGCAUUCUUGGCAAGGAAUGGCGAGUUCGCCAAGCGAGUUGUGCGGCGAUUUCCGAUUUGCUCCAAGGCAGGCCCUUCCCACAAUACGAGGCACACUAUCAGGAGGUUUGGGCUAAGGCGCUGAAAGUCCUUGACGAUGUCAAGGGUAGCGUGCGCGAGGCAGCAUUGAAGCUGUGCAUGGCCUUGUCAACUGGCCUUGUGCGACAACUCGAAGAGAACAAUUCGAGCGCCGCCGCAAAGGCGAUGAUGAACGAAGCAUUGCCAUUCUUGACCUCCGAGAAGGGCAUGGAAAGCUCAGUGGACGACGUCAGGGUCUUCGCCACAAUCACGGUGAUGAAAAUUGCUAAGCGUGGAGGUGACGCCCUCCGGCCAUUCAUCCCAGACAUGGUGCCGCAAUUGCUCGGCCUGCUGAGCACUAUUGAGCCAGAGCAGAUCAACUACCACUAUCAGCGCGCGGGCGACGACAGCCGGGACAAGAUCGACAGACUCAGGUCACAGAUGGUUAAUCAGUCUCCCAUUUCAGAGGCGAUCGAGAACUGCCUCCGCUUUGUGGAUGAGGACGUCAUGAUAUCGCUGGCACCCAAGCUGACAGCGACGAUUAAAACUGCCAUAGGGAUGCCGACCAAGAUUGGUUGCAGCAGAGUUCUAACAACCUUAUUCACCCGUCACGCUGCUGAUAUUGAGCCCUUUUCUGCCGGGCUACUGAAGCUCAUGGAGAAGCAGAUUCUUGAUAAGAAUGACGAAGUUAGCCAAGCAUACGCGAGGGCAGCAGCGUACAUUAUGCGCGUUGUGUCCGAUGCUGACAAGACGCGUUUCAGCCGGCGGCUCGUUGAAAUGUACGUGCAGGCGGAGGAAGACUCCCGCCGUCAGAAGAUCGCGGACGUCGUCCUCUCACUAGCCAAGCUGUCAGCGGAUCACUUUACCGCGAAUGAAACAGAGCUUCUCCCAUUCGCAUACUUGGGACUCCACGACAUCGACCAAUACACAAGCAAGGUCUUCAAGGAGGUGUGGGAGCAACAUGCUGGCAGUAGCAGGACCGUCGUUCGUUAUGCCCCCGAAAUAGUCAAGUUGGCCGACGGGUGCCUCGAGACAACACAAUGGGGUCUUCGCCAUACGGCAGCCUUCACAGUCGGUGCCAUGGUCGCGGACGUCGCAGGUGCCAGUGAUGCAACCGGUUCCAUCAGCGACACCAACUUGAAACUACUGUGGCCAAUCUUUGACAGGGUACUCGCACUCAAGACCUUUCCCGGCAAAGAAAAGGUGCUCGAGUCAUUUCCCAAGUUCGUCGAAAAAGGCGCAUCGUUGCUCGAGGACCCAAAGAUUGCCGCGCAAAUGCAGAAGAUUGCACUGCGAGAGGCCAAGCGUAACAACGAAGAGUACCGAGUGCACGCUUUUAAGGCACUAUGGCAGUUUAUCCAAGCGAGAAACAGUCCAGAAGACAUGCUGCAGGAUGUGAUUGCCAUUGUCACCCCCUGGUUGGACGACUUUGCGGAGGACAAGAUGGAGAUCGACUCCAAGGACACGAAAGAAGACCUGGCAUCGAAAACUGCCACCAACGGCUUCCAGUCUAUUGCCAGGGGCUACAGUCGACGUCAAUUACAACGCGAGCCUAGCACAGUACUGGCCAAGAUCGUCGACACACUAAGUCCCUACAUGUCGAAUCCCAAGUUCUUCGCGAUCAAGCGCGAGGUGUGGUAUGACGCUGUUCUCGAUGCGAUGCAAGCAGCAGCCGAGCAGUCGAACCCCCCUGGGGAAGACAAUGGUACCUCGCUCAAAUUCUUGGAGAGUUUGGAUGUAGAGCAAGCCGAAGCUGGCAAUGAAGGCCAAAGGGUUCGACGCGCCGAAGCCAUUGGGGCUGUAGCCAAAGCUAUGCAGGCCAAGGUGUUUGGACCUGAUGGUCCCAGUAUCGCGGCAUUUGAGCAUCAAGUGCAGAUAGCGGUGGGCAGAGAACGAGCGCUCAAGCCGCAACGCGCCUUGAAGGAAGCAGCAGAGGAGCUGGGCAAAGCUAUGCGAUCCUCGUAG